CUCCGCUCGGGGACUGGGUGCAUACAGUCACGAACCAAAAAGUUUCAUAUUUGUUCUGAUCUUUUAUCUUAUGCAGUAGUUUCAUGCUAACAGGCAUUAGGUCUAACUCCGCUACAACUUGUACAGCUACCAGACCAAAUGGCUCUCACAAAACGACGAAACUGAAGUGUACACUGGUAGCGCCGUGUCAACAGCAUAUACGAAACUAUUUCACGCAACGACUAGCGCAAACCAGUGUCGUUGUAUAAAUUAGGCUUAACCUGAUAAGCAAUGCUGAAUUACGAACGGUCUCCAUUUCUAGAAAAUUACGCAUGCGCAUUUGUCGUUGGAAAUUUAAGCGCAAGCAAGUUGAAAACUGAAAAGGAAAAAAAAGCAUUGUGUGGGUCCAAAAGCUGUGCACUGUGCAGCGUAUUUCUGAUGUUUAAAUUGGACAGCUUGUAGAAGGCGUUGACUUGAUGCAAACAAUUGAAGGCAGUAGAAAUAUCCAAAGUAAACAAUAGUGCCUCUAUUAUAAUAUAUUAUGAGAACAGGGCAAGACAAGUGUUUGUUGGUAGUUGUUAUUGAUGUAGGUACGACAUAAAACUGGAACGUGUAAACAAAUUUCCUUCGAUGCCCCGAUAUCUUCUGUAUAUAUCAUAUGUCGGAACUUAUUUCAGGGCAGUGCAGAAGCAAACUUUCCGGACAGAACCUGAAGUCAAAGAUCCGGAGUCUGUGCAAGGAAUUCUGGAAAUAGCAUGUAGAAGAUUUAAGCCGGCAAAUGAACCAAAAGUGUAUGUUUCUAGCAGAACUGACAAAGGUGUCCAUGCGUUACUUUCAUCUGCCCAUGUUGAUCUAGAGCGCCAUACAGGUGGUGGGUAUGACCCAGAGUGUCUGACUGUAGGUUUCAACAGGUAUUUUGAGAAGGCCAAAGUUGGACUUAGAGUGCAAAAGUGUCAGCUAGUACCAGAUACAUUUCAUUCAAGACAUAGUGCAAAGUGCAGAACUUACUUGUAUCGUCUAGCUGUGAGGAAACAAAAUGCACCAACACUACAAAAGAUGGGCUUCAAAUACUUGGCUGAAAUACCAUUUUCUGAAUGGAGGAGAUGUUAUUUUAUACAGAAUCCAGAAUUCAAUGUUGAUGCAAUGAAACAAGCCGCGGCACUUUUCCCAGGAAUAAAAGAUUUCAGGUCAUUUAUGGGUGCUUCGCGAGAUGAUCGAGACAUAAGGACUGUAAGAAGUAUGAAAGAACUCUGUAUCAAACCUGGCCAGCAAUUUCUGAGUGAUGAUUAUAUCCCAAGUUGUAAGCAUUAUGAUUUUUGGGAAGUAACAUGUAAAGGGCAGUCAUUUCUGUAUCGACAGGUACGAAGAACUGUAGCAGCUCUGAUUGCAGUGGCUCAAGGAAGACUAACUCUGGAAGACGUCCAGUACAUGUUAGAUGUACCUAGUAAAGACAGUUGGAAUCCUAAGGCUGUCACAGUGCCCCCCUAUGGGUUGUUCCUUGUUAAUGUAGAAUAUGAUCCACAAGAUCUUUUAUAUGAAAGAAACUGUGAUAAUCAGUGGACAGAGAACAAUUUGUAG